AUGCAUCCCGUGGUUAUGCAACAAGUGACUACAACAGUGCUGCAACAAGUCUCCCCCAACGGUGCUGCAACAAGUCUACCUCUAACUAGUGUUGCAAUAAAUCUACCUCUAACUAGUGUUGCAAUAAGUCUACCCCAACGGUGCUGCAACAAGUCUACCUCCAACAGUGUUGCAACAAUGCUGCAACAAGUCUACCUGCAGCUAGUGCUACAACAAGUAUACCUCCAACAGUGCUACAACAAGUAUACCUCCAACAGUGCUGCAACACCUAUACCCCCAACAGUUCUGCAACAAGUUUCUGCAACAAGUGUACCUCCAGCUAGUGCUACAACAAGUAUACCUCCAACAGUGCUGCAACAAGUCUACCUGCAGCUGGUGCUACAACAAGUAUACCUCCAACUAAUGCUGCAACAAGCAUACCUCCAACAGUGCUGCAAAACUGCUGCAAGAAGUAUACCUCCAACUAGUGUUACAACAAGUAAACCUGCAACUAGUGCUGCAACAAGUUUUCCUCCGACUAGUGCUGCAAGAAGUAUACCUCCAACUAUUGUUGCAGUAAGUAUACCUCGAACUAGUGCUGCAACAAUGCUGCAACAACUACAGUAUACAUCCAACAGUGCUGCAACAAGUUUAUCUCCGUCUAGUGCUGCAACAAGUUUACCUCCGUCUAGUGCUGCAACAAGUUUUCUUCCAACCAGUGCUGCAACGGGUAUACCUCCGACUAGUGCUGCAGCAAGUAUACCUCCAACCAGUGCUGCAACAAGUAUACCUCCAACUACUGCUGCAGCAAGUAUACCUCCAACUAGUGCUGUAGCAAACAUACCUCCAACUAGUGCUGCAACAACUACAGUAUACAUCCAACAGUGCUGCAACAUUGCUGCAGCAAGUAUAUCUCCAACUAGUGCUGCAGCAAGUAUACCUCCAACUAGUGCUGCAGCAAGUAUACCUCCAACUAGUGCUGCAACAAGUUUUCUUCCAACUAGUGCUGCAGGAAGUAUACCUCCAACUAGUGCUGCAGCAAGUAUACCUCCAACUAGUGCUGCAGCAAGUAUACCUUCAACUAAUGCUGGAACAACUACAGUAUACAUCCAACAGUGCUGCAACAAGUUUUCUUCCAAUUAUGCUGCAACAAGUUUACCUCCGUCUAGUGCUGCAACAAGUUUUCUUCCAACCAGUGAUGCAACAAGUAUACCUCCAACUAGUGCUGCAACAAGUUUUCUUCCAACUAGUGCUGCAACAAGCAUACCUCCAACUAGUGCUGCAACAAGUUUUAUUCCAACUAGUGCUGCAACAAGUAUACCUCCAACCAGCGCUGCAGCAAGUAUACCUUCAAAUAGUGCUGCAAAAAGUUUUCUUCCAACUAGUGCUGCAACAAGUAUACCUCCAACUAGUGCUGCAACAAGUUUUAUUCCAACUAGUGCUGCAACAAUUAUACCUCCAACUAGUACUGCAACAAGUAUACCUCCAACUUGUGCUGUAACAAGUUUACCUCCAACUAGUGUUGCAACAAGUAUACCUCCAACUAGUGCUGCAAGCAUCUCUACAAAAUGA